GAUUAAGCCUUGCCACGUUGCGGUAUGGAGUAGAAUGGUUUGUUUAGGCUUGUAAAAGAAAUGCGUGAUAUCCUUUAUGACCUACUUUCUACUGCUUUGUUCAGAGAAUAAUGGAGCACCACUCUAUUUUAGUGAGGCAGUACUCUCUCAUUGGUCGACAUAAUAAAUUUUUGGUCAAUCUUUGCCUCUUAGUGAACCAUGGGGCUUGAUCAUCAGAUCAAAAAAUAGGGUUUUUAUAAUUAGAAGGAUCGAUGAAGAAACGGCAAGUGGUGGUGAAGAAGGAUUCUUCAUCAGGGAGAAGCUCGAGUACUACAUCAUCUUCGGUGGUUAGAACUGUACGGUACGCAGAGUGUCAGAAGAAUCAUGCGGCAAAUAUUGGAGGGUAUGCGGUGGAUGGGUGUAGGGAGUUCAUGGCGAGCGGUGAGGAUGGCUCAAAUGGUGCCCUUUCAUGCGCUGCGUGCGGCUGCCACCGGAAUUUCCAUCGGAGGGAAGUGGAAACUGAGGUAGUUUGUGAGUAUUCUCCACCUAAUUCCCGUCGUUAAAUAGCCUAAAAUUGAGUGAACAGAGAGAGAGAGAGAGCGACAAAGAGUGUGUGUGUGAAGGUGUCUUGUGUGAAAUUACAGAUUGUUAAUGUCAUGAUCAUCGAUAUAUAAUAUAAUGGUUGUAAAUUUUCAUCAACAGAUUUGACUCUUUUGCAAAGGGAAAAUCGACCUCUAAGUCUUGUGUUAUUGAUCUUAAAGAUGUUGAGAAAUCAAACUUCAGGAGACUA